AUGACGAUCCUGUGUUGGAACUGUCGAGGGCUUGGGAACCCGGCGACAGUUCAUGAGCUUAGGAGAAUGAUCUCCAUUAAGGACCCGAUGUUGGUGUUUGUUUCUGAAACUAAACUUCGGAAAAAUAAGUCGGAAGCUAUCCGAUUGGCAACUAAGAUGUAUGGGUGUUUUGAGGUUGAAAGAGCCGAGGGAUGUGUGGGUUUAAUGAUGUUGUGGAAUGAACGUAUUGAUGUUACAUUGCUGAGUUAUUCCAAUUUGCAUAUUGAUGUGGAAGUGUCAGGGAUAGGAGAUAAAUUUCGUUUCACAGGGUUCUACGGGCGUAGUUCAUGGGCGGAAAAGAAACACAAUUGGGAGAUGAUUUCUCGGUUGGCUUCGACUUCUUUGCUCCCGUGGUGCGUGGGAGGAGAUUUCAAUGAGAUUAUACAUUCUGAUGAGAAAAGAGGGGGGCGAAAACCGGUCAGAAGCCAUAUGGAGGAAUUUUUUCAAUGCCUUCGCGGAGCCGAUCUGUGGGAUAUUCGGCCUAGAGUUGGUUGGUUCUCUUGGGCAAGUGGUACCCGAGCUAAAACUUAUGUUUGCGAGAGAAUCGAUAGAUUUGUGGCAAAAAAUGAUUGGAGGCUCAUGUUUCAAGAUUGUUCGGUUGAAACAAUCUCGAUGGCUAUGUCUGAUCACUCUGCUAUUUCGUUGAAGUUGGUUGGGGAGGAAAGAAUGUGCGAGACUAGGAAGGACUACUUCAAAUUUGAUGUAUGCUGGGCUAAUGAAGACCAAUGUAGAGAUAUUGUGAAACGGAUUUGGGAACAGGAUGAUACUUUUACGGCAAAGGUGGGGAAAAUUGGCAGUUCAUUAGGAGAUUGGCAAAGAUCGAGGAGGACUCAAGCUAAGAGGGAGGAGAGGCGGCUGAGGGAACUAUUAUCUCGGCUUCAAUCUGGCCCGAUCACGGAUGUGAACUGUGAGCUUAGACGCAAGGCCAUGGUGGAUCUUAAGGAGGUUAUGGAUAAAGAUGAAAGUUAUUGGUUCCAGAGAUCCCGUGUUGCUUGGCUUAAAGACGGGGAUUGGAAUUCCUCGUUCUUCCAUGCUAGGGCUAAUGGUCGCCGUAAAAAGAAUAGGAUCGAGGGGUUGCUGAGUGAAGGGGGGUUGGAAAGAUAA